GCAAGGAGUGGCGGAGCAGAGCGAGUGCACGACUGAGGGUUGAAGGCGCAUGAGGAGUGCUGAGGAAAACAGGUCGACGAGGAGUGAACGCGGAGGAGGGAGAGAGUAGGAGACGGAGCAUUAAGGUGGAGCACCACAGAGAGGAGAGAGUGCAUCUGUUGCCUUGCAUCUUUGACAGACUGAGGCACACACACACACAAACACACACACAGUGUCUUCAAACCAGAAACCAUGGCCAACACCACCGCCAUACAACCAAGUGAUCUCCCAUGGCACCCGGAGGCGGCCCCACUCUCCCACGUGUCUCUGCAGGUCCAGGAGGUCUACCCUUUCCACGACGGCUGGAACGUGGCCUGCUUCAUCAUCCUCCUGCUCUUCAUCCUCACCGUCCUGUCUCUGGCGGCCUUGGCCGUGCUCUACGAGCUACUGGACUGCGGCUGCUGUGCCAAGGGGAAGACGCAUCGGCAGCUGCAGGAGGAGGGGCCGGGAGGCUGCAGCCAGCUUAUGACCGGCAUAUGCAAGGAGCCCGAAUCCCACUCUGAGGUGGUAUAGUGUGCAAGGUGAAGAAGAGUGGGAUUUUCAUUGUUGGACUGGGUGUCAUAUCAAAACAAAGACCAUGAUAUCCUGAGAAAAGAACUUCUGUAACUGGUGGUGCAAGUGCUUAAACGUUUAGAUGGACACAGAGGUGAGAUGUGUACAAAUGUCUGAAUGAAAGAAAGGGAGUUUUUCUCUGGUUGGGAGCUUAGCGCUUCUUUUGAGUUAGGAGAAAAACUUAACACAUUUACACUAACUUCCACUAAACACACAAGGCAGACCCUCAAGGCCAACAUUCACACCUGCACCGGGUUGCAAGAAAAAACACUAGGUGGACAUGGGGCCUGAUAACGGAACAAGAGAUGGUGCUGAAAUAUAUAAAAAAACACUAAUUAGCCAUAACAGAAGAAUGCUGCCUCCAUGAGUCGGCACACACAUGAGACCUGUUGGAAGCAAAUAAGCUUCUCUGACACAAAACAAUAGUUUAUAACAACAAACUAAAUUGUUGUAUACAGCCAUGAUACGCCCUCUAAAUCUAAUGGUUGGAGUUCCCUCGGUCCCCCAUGGGACCUGGUUCAACAACAACUAAAGUGAUCAAUCUUAGCCGGACAUCAUCAUUCAAGUUAAAGCCAGUGUGUCUCCGUUCUUUAGUAGACUGUGUGCCAGUGUUGUAAACAUGUUCAGCAUUUUCAACAUAAUCUCAUGACAAGUCAAGUGAUGGUUGAUUGCUGAACAGUGAUGUCAUUUAUCCUGUUAUAUUAAGCACAGUGUAUGAUUUCAUUUGCCUUUACCACAAAAUGCCUAAUAAAAUGUCACUGCAAAUGCA